AACAUGAUUAUGUUGCUGUUAUUAAUCAUAAGUACUACAUACACCGCAAAUAAAAAAUUAAAUAAAAAAGUCGCUUGUUAUUACAUGUAUGUGUAAUGUUUUAUCAUGUUUUUUAUAAAAUUUCUUUAGGAAACAAAAAUAAACAGAACCGUCAUACAGACAAAGGUAAAAGUACUGUUACUAUUGUAUUGCUAUCUCGUAUGUCAAUGAUAUGUAGAUAUACGCACAUUUCAUUGUAUGCAUAUCUAAAUAUACGUUUGUUGAUUGCAUUUCAAAUGAUUUUCUACGUGGUAGAGAAUUCGAUAGCGAUGGCGAAGCUAGUAAACGUUUGGCGGGACGAUGACCCGGUCGAUUUGACGCGAAGACAAAUGCCGUUGAUUGUCGAUGAAAAUCUUACGAUGAUUAUGGAUAUAAAUGGUUUGGGAGCAAUCUGUGAUAGUCCAUUAGUCCGUGGUAAACACCUUGAUGAAUUUACUAGAAAACUUGAUAUGCUCACAAAAGAGGAGAUUAAAGCUUCCUUUGAAGUUACUUGCAAGGAUAUGCUUGCUAUUUUGGGUCAAGCUGUACCAUGCGUUGGAUGUAGGAGGAGUGUUGAAAGAUUGUUCUAUGACCUCAUGAAAUCAGGACAUCCAGCAUUAGACCCUUUGGUAAUUACACCUGAAGGUUUAUUAUCGAUAAAAGACGAUGUUUUAGAAUCACCGCAAUUACUUUGUACCAUGUUACAAGGACACAGUACUAGGUUAAAUAGUUUAGUUGAAAGACAACCCAGAAAUAAAAAGUCACGAAGAUGUGUAUUGCACUCGUUAGAAAUUCAGCGCAUGAAACCUCUUCCCAGUGCAUGGAAAGAAGUAUGGGAUUGUAUGGAACUUCCAUGUCGUCAAGAACUUGCUUUAAUAGAAACUGAUACUCUUGAAGCCACUCUAGAUACAUAUUUGCGUAAACAUCGAUUCUGUGGCGAAUGUCGAACAAAGGUAUUAUUGGCGUCUUCUCUACUAACGACAGAACCUGAACCAGCAAAAGAAAAAGGCUAUGUUGCUGCUUUAUACUCUGGUAUUAAACGUUGUAUACGCGAUAGACAUGUACAUUUACCUACGAACACGGAUUAUAUUAGUACCCUUAUCGGACGUGCUCAACCUGAACUCAUGGGAAGGGAACGACAUGCAAAGACACUGGAAAUUGCUCAGGAAGAGGUACUUACGUGUUUAGGAAUAUGUGUUGCCGAACGUUUGCAUAGAGUCCAUAGGCGGUUAAGAGAAGAAGAAACAGUUUGCAAAGUAUUAGCUGCUGUUGCAGUGGAUGCACUGUCUAGGAAUUUUCAAAUGGCUGUAGAAGUUAAACAAGGUAUUUCUCAACUAGAACUCCUUUAUGAAGAGUUAACACGAGAAGAAAUAGCAAAACAACAGCGACGAGAAAAAUUACGUUUGAAACGCAAGAAGAAGAAAGAACGUCGAUAUGAGACUGAAGAAAAAGAAAAUGCAUGUGAUUGUUCAAGCAAAAGGCAAAGUGGUAACAGUGAUACACCUUGUGUUUGUGCAGAUUUAAAACCCACGACACAAAAUAUAGAUCGACAUAAGCUACAAGUAUUAGAUCCAAAAAACAAGAGAUCACCAACUUGUAAAUGUCCGGAUUGUGUAAAGAAAUCAAAAUCUAGUAUAUCACAAUCACAAAAUCAAACUCAGUUAGCAUUCCCCAAAAAAUCAUCAAAUAUGCAAAAAAGUACAGUUAAGAAAGGUUCUUCCGAAUCAAAGGCAAAAAUUGUUUCAAAUCAAACAAAAAAGAAUAAUACCCCUGUGAAAAAUCUUUCUGAAGAAGAAUUUUUCGAAUCAUGUGAAUCGUGUAAGGACUUUUCCGAGAAGAUUGAUCACUGGCAUAGUUUAGAAGACUGUAAAGAUCCAAUGGCUAAGGAGAUAGUAGAUGCUUGGAUAGGAAAACCAAGCAAAAGAUACAACAUGUGGAUAGAGAUGAAGAAACGUUUUGAGUUAUCAAUCUCAGAUAGGAAAAGUCGUUCCUCGAGUGAACGGUCGUCUCAAGAUUGUGGUUAUUCUUCAGAACAUAAUAUUAGUAGUUCUUCUCUUCCUAGUACUCCAGAAGGAUCGGAAGUAGCGUGCAGUGAGGGAUGUUGUAAUCAUGAGAGAGAUUGUCAUGAUAUACGGCCAUCUGAUAAACUUGUUCAUUCCAAUUCCAGUAUCUCUUUACUCAAAGAAAGAGGUGGAGGUUUAACGCUUACACAGAUGUUAGAAGACUCCUACUUAUCAGACGACGAAGAGAAAGAAAGUUAUAUUCCAGCUGAAGAAGUUCUGGAAUUUAAAUCUCGAAUGUGCCAAGUUCUUGAAAAACGACAAGAACUUCGUCAGACACUUAGAAAACGUUUUGCUAUUUUAUGCAGUCACCACAAACCCUUUAUCAUUCCUAAUUAAGAAUUCCUACUAGGUACAGUUACUUAAUAGGAUAAAAUCUUUCUUUUUUACAUUGAUUUACUGCCAGUAGACAAACAUGAAUGCAAUAGAUGUAUUUUGGAUAACUUGUCAUUGGAGGUCAACCUUCCUGUGUGAAUAAAAUAUCGUUGGAGAUGUACAUCGUAACUUCAUCGUAUGGUAUGGUUUAUCUGCGAGCGAGAAUUGCAUCUAAUAAACUAGAGGUAUCAACAAAUAAUUAUGCCUUGAAUUUUGUUGUUUUCUAUGCAGUUGAAUUCAUAAAAAUAAAAGACAUUUGUAGAUGGAAAUGUAAUUAUAAAUGAAUGAAAUUUAGAAUAUAUAUAUACACACAUAUAUAUAUAUAUAUAUAUAGUCAAAUAUUAACUCUGAAAACUGGUUUAAAAAAAAAAAAGCGAGAUAUCGGAUCAAUGCACAAACAAGUAUGUAAUAUCAGCCUUCAGAGUUAAAUGAGACUGAUUUCUAUAUGCUUGUAUAAUUAAACAAUCAUUUUUAUCAGCACGUAUUAGCCACGAAAAUAUGGCAUAUUAUAAUCAACUGCACGUAGCAAGCAAUUGUUGUGUAGAUGGUUAAAUUCAUUAAUUAUUACAUACUUUGAAGAAAAUUUUAUUUUAUG